UUGCGGGCCGACUGUUAUCAUACUUUGCUCGACCGUGUAUACACAUACACACGCAGCAGUAGCAGCAGUAUAUAGCAGUAGCGGCGACGACGGCAGAGGAUAGUCAAAGUGGCGGUAUCUCGCCACAUCCUACCUCGUCCUGUUUUCGUUUUGCCAACGGAAAGAGUGCAGACUGCCUCUCGGCGUCGGCGACUCGGUCCAGUGAAAGCGACAGCGAGCGAGCGCGCGAGCUCCUCCGCGGGUCCCGCGGAUAUCGCGGAUCGCGGAUCGCAGACUUUUAAUUAAGCCCUGCGCAAGCUGUGCGUUUAUCUUACUCCGUUUUCGGUCCGUCUCGCGUCGGGUCGGUGUCGUCACGUCGUCACCGAUUUCUGAUAAUAGGUACGCGGUCCCUGAUAAUAGCGGUGCGAUGAUCGGUGCGAUAAAAUUGAUGACUUAUUAGCGAGAAGAAGCUCUCGACGAUUAUGUGGGACUUCCGCGAAAAUUUCUUCUCCAAAAUUGGCAGGACGAGAUGGUCCUACGAGGCUUAUUCGUCCGAGGAUCAGGCACAGAGUCAAGACACGUUCGCCAGGAUGAGUCCUUCCGUAACGAUACAACAAGAGCCUGCGUCGCAGCAGCGUGUGAAUGUGCAACAGCGUACGAGCUAUCGCCAGCAACGAUCUUCUUGGCAACAGGAUAGCCGUUCGUGCGAAGUGAGCAUAUCGUCCGCCCGUGCGUCGGUGAUGGUGUAUGACGACGUGAACAAGAAAUGGAUACCGAGUGGCAGCUCGUCCGGCCUGUCCAAGGUCCAGCUCUAUCACCAUCAGGUGAACAAUACGUUCCGCGUGGUCGGCAGGAAGCUGCAGGACCACGAGAUUGUCAUCAACUGUGCGAUUCUCAAGGGACUCAAGUACAAUCAGGCCACGGUCACGUUUCACCAGUGGCGGGAUAACAAGCAAGUCUACGGGCUAAACUUCUCCAGUAAGGACGACGCUGAUGCUUUUGCUCGGGCGAUGCUCCAGGCACUCGAUGUGCUGAGCAAUGGUAGCAACAUAUCAAGAAGUCUCGCUCCGGCAACCACCACAACUACUCAACAGCAAACCGCCUAUCAACAACAGCAGCAGCAGCAGCAACAGCAGCAGCAGCAACAGCAAAGCCAACCAACCGCUCAAUAUGAGGAGGACAUGGGAUAUAGUCAAGGUCGUAACGCGCGGAUCUCCUUGUCCCUGAGCCAUCUGCCUACAGGAGGCCAGACGGCCCUGCCCGUGGGCUCCGCCACCACAACCCCCGAGCACCACGUGACCGUUAGUGGUGCUGUUGGCACCGUUGUUCAAAUGGGCUGUGCGCGUGGCUCACCGGGCGAUGGACACUCGAGAACCAUGACUAGAGAGGACGUAGCAAUAAUUCAGGAACGCAGAAUGUCUCAGCAAAGUCAAGCAACUGCAAGUCCCAAUCCCAUAUCACCGAGCUGUCCAUCUGCUGCACAGCAACAGCCGCAACAGCAGCAGCAGCAGCAGCAACAACAACAACAACAACAACAACAAUCCGGUCAUCAUCGAACUUCGUCGGCGCCGCCGGCACCACAACCGCCUCAACAGCAACAACCAGCCUUACAGGGUGUCGCCAAUAUGGUUCCAGCCGUUCCGCAAAUGUCAGCUGGAUCGGGAGUCGGUCCCCCGAUACCACCGCCUCAGCCGCCGAUUGCACCCCCCGCUCCACCAUGUCCGCCGACGAUGAUGAACUUUAGCUCGUCUGCGGCGCCGGCGCCACCGAUGAUGAUGAAUCAGUACGCACAAUCGCCGUCGUCUCAGUCAAACCUUGCGAAUCAACAGUCCCAAUGCCAGUCUAUUUACGUUACUAAUCAAGCAAAUCAGUAUGGUGCCGCGCCUGCGAGCAAUCAAUACGCGAGUGCCACUGUUCCUAGCAGUAGCAGCAGUACCGGAAGCGGUGCGGCCUCUGUCGUGGGCCAAAGCCCGAACCAAUUUCCGCCGUCCGGCAGUCUGAACAAUUUCUACGGUACUAACAGUCAAACGAGCACGUACACUACUGGUGGACCGAUUAAUACAGGCCAAUAUAGUCAGUCGAUUGGUAGUCAAGCCGCGCAAUAUGGUAGCAGCGGUAGUAAUCAGUUUGGAAGUAAUAGUUCGAUAAAUCAGUAUGCUACCGGUCCGCCACCUGGUCCGUCAAGUCAAUACGCGGUCGCGCAACCUGGUCAAUCGUACGGCUCCAAUAUCGUGUCCCAGGCGCAAGCACAGUAUGGUGGUACCGGUCAGGUACAAGCGGCUGCCACAGCGGGUACUACAAAUCCAUAUGGGACACCAUCAAAUUCGGUGAAUCAAUAUGCUACCAGCGGACACCACACGGCCAGCGCUAACGCUUAUGCUCCUAUUGCUAGUGGCGGUCCGCCACCGCCUCCGAUGGUAUCGCUGGCUGGGCCUGCGGCACCACCUCCGCCGCCACCGCCGCCGGUUCCUAACGCUAACACGUCCACCGCCGCUGUCGGUUCCGGUUCAUCCGUCAGUUCCUCGAAUGAUCCUCCGCCUGACACCAACUCAUUAGCCGCUGCCCUUCAAGCACGUCUUAAGAAAAAACAGCAACAGUCACAACCAGUGGAGAACAGUGGCUCGAGCACUAGUAGUAGCGGCAGUGGAAGCGGUGGAGGAGGCGGCAAUUAUGGCACCUUAGGGAGAGGUGGAGGUGGCGGGAUGGCUUCCAUGAUGGACGAAAUGGCUAAGACUCUAGCACGCCGACGGGCUGCCGCCGAGAAGAAACAACCCGAGCAACCACCGGAACCGGAAAGUUCGCCAGAUAAGAAGUCUUGGGAUAAGAACAAUGCGUCGAAUAUCAAGUUCCCCAAUGGCGCCGAGUCGCCGAAAUCGGUACGCAAGAGGUUCGGUUCGGCUUCGGAGGACACUCUCCUCAAAGUAAAUGGUGUUAACGAUGGAACUUCGCUCACCGCGCAAGAGAUGGAGGCCUUCAAGGUGGAGAUAAUUAAAGAAGUGCGGAAAGAAUUCCAGAAAAUGAAGCAAGAAAUAAUCGAUGCUGUAAGAACAGAACUGAAUAAGAGAUAAAGAAGAUGAUAAGGAGGAAAUAAAAGAUAUAAAAUCAAGCUCUCGAAAGUGAAGGAAGGAGACGAAACAGAAAAAAAGUUAAGGAGAGUUAUACGACUAGAUUGCUCGAUAUCAAAGUGGUGUCAUUGAGAACCACGUACAGGUUUUUACAACAUAUUUACGAGAAUGUAAUGUGAUUACAUUCAUGUAUAUCGAACAUUUAUGUGUAAGUAAAUUAAUCUUAGUGUCUUAAGUGACGGUAAUUUUUUCGUUAUUUACUACAUAAAUAUCGUAACAAAACGUUGAAUCAAUUGAGUUUCAAUUUCUACAGUUUACAAACUAAUUGAUUUGUUUACAUGCAUAAAGAGUUACGAGAAAUCUUUACAGAUUCUGAGCGAGAGAAAUACUUCAAUGAAAAUAUAAAUCAAGUACAUGCACAAUGAAAUACUAUUAUAUCGCUUCGUAGUAUAAAAGGACAUCGAUAAAGACCAAAAAAUGGUGUAUUAUUUAUAACAUAAAUGAGAGAGAUAUCGAUUUCUAUACAUAAAUAUCUAUUAUAAUAUUCUCAUUUCUCUCU